AUGUCGUAAAACCUUUGCACCCACACUCCGAUGAGAUUUUCUGUCUAAUAUAUCUAUCUCUCUUCUCUGUGUACCUGAGCUACUCUCUGGAUAUCUGGACCAGCCAUGGUGGUGUGUCUGACUGGGCUAUGGAGGUAUCGGAAUUACCUGGUCAUAUUCCUCACCCCACUGUUGAUUCUACCUCUACCCAUAAUAGUUGGGGGACCGGAGGCUAGUUGUGGCUAUGUGAUCAUCCUGACGGCCGUGUACUGGUGUACAGAGUGUAUGCCCCUGGCUGUGACCGGUCUGCUGCCUGUCAUCCUCUUCCCUAUGAUGGGCAUUAUGGAGUCAAGUGAGGUGUGUACCCAGUACAUGAAGGACUCUAACAUGCUGUUCGUCGGAGGGCUGUUGAUGGCUACAGCUGUGGAACACUGGAACCUUCACAAACGCAUCGCCCUCAGAGUACUGCUCCUAGUAGGGGUGAAGCCUGCCCUUCUGAUGAUGGGCUUCAUGGGCACCACAGCCUUCCUGUCCAUGUGGAUCGGUAACACAGCCUCCACUGCCAUGAUGCUGCCCAUCUCUAAUGCUGUGCUGAAGCAGCUGUGUGACACCGAGGCCCAGGCAGAGGAGAGGGAGAUGGACCUGAUCUCCCUCAGGGGGGCCGGGCCCGGGACUGGGAUACCUAAGGGCCAGGACAACCAAGCCUUUGAUAUGGGUGACAAGGAGAACAUUAUUACCAUAUAUGAUGGAUGUACUACCGAAUGUACAAAGGAUGUCAAGCCCAUGAAGAAUGGAAUUCAGUUAGAGCCCGAGCCAAAGGUGGAGGAGAGUCCGGAGGCGAGGGAGAGGAGGCUAAAGAGGGAGGCUAAGUACCUGAAACUGGAUAAAGGCAUGAGUCUCAGUGUGUGUUACGCUGCCAGCAUCGGAGGAACAGCCACCCUCACUGGCACCGCCCCGAACCUCAUCCUCAAAGGACAGGUCGACGAACUGUUCCCAGGAAAUGGAGACAUCAUCAACUUUGCCAGCUGGUUUGGUUUCUCCUUCCCCAACAUGGUUCUGAUGCUGAUCAUCUCCUGGCUGUGGCUGCAGUUUAUGUACCUGGGCUGCAAUAUGAAGAAGUUGUUUGGCUGUGGAACGAAUAAAGAUGGUGACAAGGAGGCGUACGGGGUGAUAAAGAAUGAGUAUAAGAAGCUGGGCAGUGUGUCCUUCGCUGAGGGCUGCAUCCUGGUGCUGUUUGUCCUGCUGGUCCUGCUCUGGUUCACCAGAGAACCAGGCUUCAUGCCCGGCUGGGCCGCUGUGCUCUUCAACAAGGACAAACCGUAUGUCACUGAUGGCACAGUGGCCAUGCUGAUGUCAACGCUGUUCUUUGUGAUCCCAUCCCAACUACCCAGAUGUGGCGGGUACUCUGAGGAUGGAGUGCCUAGAAUCGAGCCUAUAAGGACCGUGAUUGUAAACCUUGUGUCAUUGCCCAGUGUAUGCCUUGUCCCUGUAGGAAAGCCCCUGAAGGCCCCUCCCACCCUGCUCAAUUGGGACGUGGUCCAUAAGAAGAUGCCUUGGAACAUUCUCUUGCUAGUGGGAGGAGGCUUCGCUCUGGCCCGGGGCAGCGAGACGUCUGGUCUGUCUCAGUGGCUAGGAGAAAGUCUGGCCCCCCUGCAGUCCAUCCCUCCCGUUGCCAUCUCUUUCCUCCUGUCUCUACUCAUCGCCACUUUCACUGAGUGCUCCAGCAACGUAGCUACUACCACAUUGUUCCUGCCUAUACUGGCCUCUAUGGCCGUAGCCAUUAAGCUCCACCCACUGUACGUCAUGCUGCCCUGCACCAUCUGUGCCUCGCUGGCCUUCAUGUUGCCGGUGGCCACACCCCCUAACGCCAUCGCCUUCUCCUAUGGCAACCUCAAAGUCAUGGACAUGGCGAAGGCUGGAUUCGUGCUGAACAUUAUUGGUGUCAUCACCAUCAACAUCGCCCUGAACACCUGGGGAACAGCUAUGUUCAAUCUCAACACCUUCCCUGACUGGGCCAAUGUUACCACCAUACCCACCCCCUGAUCUAGUGACACCAGAAAGGAAGGAAGGAGGGAAGGAGGAGGAGGAGGAAGAGAGUGGAGGGAUGGGAAGAGGGGAGAGAUGCUGUAUGUACACCUCUAUCUGGGGCAGGCUGUAAACAGAAGUGCUGAUGGUCAACCUUCUCAGGGUGAUCUAAAGCUGCUACUGUAUACACACUCCAUAUAACAACACACACAGUAUCUGUUUACCGGUUGGACUGGUACUCCUCCUCCACUCUGUCAAAGUUUUGAUUGUUUUGAAUUAAAUCAAUUUAAAUGAAUCAAUUUAAAUGGUUUUUGUACAGCUAAACUAUGCAGGUUGUAUUUGAUCCUUUUUGGGAUAGCCAAAUCUGCUUAAGUUUAGAGGAGCGGACACGAGGUGAAAAUACUGUGUCUGUUUGGGGAAUAGAACAGAACAGAAUAGUUAUACCUUAAUUAUAAGGUAUUCUAUGAGAUCAUUUCUGUUUCUCUGAACAUAUUAUUAUGUCAAAAACAACAACAAACUAACAAACAUCUAUUUAAUGUGAAUGGCGAUCUGUGUUGGAAUACAAAUGUUAUUUUGAUGUCAGGAAAUCAAAUGUAAUUACAAUGUAUAGAAUUAAUUAAAGGAACAACUGACAGGAUGACCUUUUCAUGACCAAGGGUCAUCAGGGCAGUUGGUAAUAAAAUGAGAUAUAAAAACA